GUUUAGUGAACUGAGAAGUACUGCUUUAGCGCCCCCUACAGCGGCCAUGAGGAAAUGUCAGCUGUGCGCUUAUGUUUUGCUGGUUCUAAUCAGCCAGUCAUAUACAAUAUCAGAUUUUGCAAAUAGAGGAGGUGAGACUGUGAAAAAAAGUUGUUCUGAUAAUGAAUACUGGAAUGGGAAGGGAUUCUGCUGUGAUAGAUGUCAUCCAGGGUUUAAAUUGAAAGAGAAAUGCCCUGAACCAAACACGAGGUCUGAAUGUGAGAUAUGUGAGGCCGGAACCUACCUAGACAACUCAAACUAUAAUGAAAACUGCUUCAGAUGCAAGGAGUGCAACAAACCCCAUUCCAAAGAGAUAUCACCAUGUACAUUCAAAAGCAAUCGGGUGUGUGGGUGUGAUCCUAGAUACUACUAUAAGAAAUUAGGCGACUUGACAUGGGAAUGUAAGGAGUGUAAGAAGUGUGGACUUGGGCAGCAGAAAGCUGUGGAAUGUACUGGCGAACAGAAUACACAGUGUCGAUGCAAAGACAACCAUUACCCUGUCAAGGGCAAAAACGUCUGUGAGCCGUGUGUUAAAUGUCAGGAGGAGUGUCAACACUUGUGCGUAUCCAGCACACCUCGUAACCCUGUUAAGUCCGCCAGCCCAACUAGUCCUCCAGGAACAUUACCGCAAAUACUGGUCCCCGUUUGUGCGUUUAUCACGGUUAUAGCACUGGGAGUGUUCAUGUUAUACGAGGGCAUCAGACUUUGGAAGAAAAAGAGGCUUGUCAAAGCUUUGUCAUCGCAGGAAUCAUCACCUGCUUCCGAAGAUCAGACACUGAUUAUUACAGUGCAACCAGACACAAUACAUGAGAGUGUACCUUUCACAAACCAGCCGUGCGAGACAGAACAAAAUGGAAAACUCCCAGACUGCGUCCCAAGAGAGAUCAAAAUUCACGAGUUCUUCUAUUUUGUACUGGACGAGGUGCCUAUUGGACGAUUUAAAGAACUUGUACGUCGGCUUGGCGUUUCUGAGCAGAACAUUGAGAGGGCGGAACAAGACCACCGGAACUGCAAAGAUGCCCACUACCAGAUGCUGAAGGUUUGGAGUGACAGUGGCAGUGGAGGAGGGAGCAAUGUUUUGCCAUGUCACCGCAUCCAGAUGUUCGUCGACACUCUGAAGGACAUGUGUUUGGUUAACUGUGCAGACAACAUCGAGAACAGAUUCCUUUCACAGGACACAAGUGCUUCACACUGACGCUGUUGAAAGAGAAUGGAGAACAGGGCAUUAAUAGAGAUCUUAACCUUUCACCAAUUUCCAUUGGAUUCCUUUAAGAGUGGAAGUGGGUCUACAGCUGAAUUUUUGACCAUGUCAUAUUUCCAGUUGUUUGAGGAUUUCACACUAAAUUUUUUAUGAACAUGCAUAUGUUCUGCGUUAUAUGUUUGUAUGUCAUCCAGGCUUUUGUUAGUUUUGUUAGUGAAUGUAUCUGAACGAGGGUGAUUGGGUGGUUGGGGUUUGGGUUGUAAUUUUUCAUAUAUGCAAUGGAUAUAGCAUAAUCAUGCAUAUUCUCUCCCAGUUCAGUUCUCCUUAUAGCACACAUCUCUUAAUAACAUGUUCAGAUUACACACA